AUGAACAGAGGAACAAUCCUAAAUGAUAACAAAGAAGAAGAGGAAAUACCUAAUAAAUGGAGAAUUUUCACCCAUUGUUCUAAAUUGUUUCAAUUUCAAAUAGUUUUAAAAAACCACGGAUCAGUUGCUCGAGAUCAUAUGGCAAAUGAAAGAACAUUUCUAUCAUGGAUUAGAACUGCAUUAGUAUUUUUAACGUUUAGUAUUGGAUUUUUACAAUUUUAUCGUUUAGAGAUAAAAGCCAACACCAAUACAUUAGGUGAUUCCAAUUUACUGAACAUGAUUCAAACUUUGGGUAAACCACUUGGAGCCAUGUGUACCAUAUUGAGUGGAUUGACCAUUACAUUUGGAACUAUUCGAUAUUUUCAAGUUCAGGAACUAUUGCUUGUUGAUUAUUAUCCAGCUACCCGAUUCACAAUCAUCAUCUUGAUACUAAUCAAUUUAAGCAUACUUGUGGUGUUGUUUAUUCUAAAUAUAGAUAUCUCUCUCUUUGUAAUGCUGUAA